AUGUUGGUUUGCGGACCAAACACGCUUGCUCAGGGAGCCGUCAGCGAAGCCCUGCUUCACACCCCGCAGGAGUACUUUGACGGGAUCGUUAGCAAGAUUGAGCAGAGCGCCAUGUACCUCUACGAGCACCUUGCUGAGUGCAUUGGCGUGGUGCCGACGAUGCCGCAGGGGUCGAUGUAUGUGUUUUCCAAGAUUGAGUUGGAGAAGUUCAAGGACAUCAAGACCGACGUGGAGUUCUUUGAGAAGCUGCUGGAAGAGGAGAACGUUCAGGUGCUGCCAGGAAGCAUCUUCAACCUGCCAGGCUUCAUGCGGGUGACGACGACGCGGCCGGUUUCGGUGUACCGUGAGGCCGUGGAGCGCAUCAAGGCCUUCUGCCAGCGCCAUGCCGCAUAG